AGUCGGUAUUGGCUCCGCUCUAUUAGCUUGCCUACAAAUGCACAACAAAAUUUAAAGAAUUCAGAAUAUUAGAUAGCAAAACAGCAUGACCGUCUCAAACACAGUAGACCAGUACACGAUUAUGUCGGGUGAUCGCUCUAAAAUAAAAGAUUUGCUCUGCAACCGCCUUACCGAGUGCGGCUGGCGGGACGAAGUGCGCUUACUGUGCCGAAAUAUAUUAGUGGAGAAGAACGGCAACAACAGCCUAAGCGUGGAACAGCUCAUAGCAGAGGUAACGCCAAAGGCGCGGACUUUGGUACCCGACGCAGUCAAGAAAGAGCUUCUCAUGAAGAUACGUACUAUUCUGGCAGAAAACGAGGCGGACAACUAAAUGCUAAGAAAUAAGAAACACAAUCAACAGCUAAAUCAUCAUAGUUCAUUUUAUGUUUACGCUAUACAAAAUUAACUUUAGUCUACUAUUCAGCCAAUAAACAACAACAAAAAUA